AUGAAUUCAACGGACGUUGGAAAUGUCAACCGGAGCAACCAAACAAACAAGCCCAACGGAAGAGAACAACGGCAUGUGUCGAAGGUGUCAGAGCUUGAUAGGACAUCGUCCAUCAAGCGUCAUUUGUCGGGCAACCAACAACAACAACAACAACAACAACAACAACAACAACAACAACAACAACAACAACAACAACAACAACAACAACAACAACAACAACAACAACAACAACAACAACAACAACAACAACAACAACAACAACAACAACAACAACAACAACAACAACAACAACAACAACAACAACAACAACAACAACAACAACAACAACAACAACAACAACAACAACAACAACAACAACAACAACAACAACAACAACAACAACAACAACAACAACAACAACAACAACAACUUCAUCUCUUAUUGGCCCAACAACAACAACAACAACAACAACAACAACAACAACAACAACAACAACAACAACAACAACAACAACAACAACAACAACAACAACAACAACAACAACAACAACAACAACAACAACAACAACAACAACAACAACAACAACAACAACAACAACAACAACAACAACAACAACAACAACAACAACAACAACAACAACAACAACAACAACAACAACAACAACAACAACAACAACAACAACAACAACAACAACAACAACAACAACAACAACAACAACAACAACAACAACAACAACAACAACAACAACAACAACAACAACAACAACAACAACAACAACAACAACAACAACAACAACAACAACAACAACAACAACAACAACAACAACAACAACAACAACAACAACAACAACAACAACAACAACAACAACAACAACAACAACAACAACAACAACAACAACAACAACAACAACAACAACAACAACAACAACAACAACAACAACAACAACAACAACAACAACAACAACAACAACAACAACAACAACAACAACAACAACAACAACAACAACAACAACAACAACAACAACAACAACAACAACAACAACAACAACAACAACAACAACAACAACAACAACAACAACAACAACAACAACAACAACAACAACAACAUGUUCAGAUAUGA